UUUUUUUUUACCUCUCUCUUUCUUUUUUUUUUUUAGAUUUAUUCCAUGAUAGAAACAACAUUGCGACCUGCCACCGAAUUGGAUGCUGACCUUCUUGCGAGGAUACAUACUCUUAGUUGGCAAACAGCUUAUCGAGGUAUAUUACCAACCAAGUAUCUUGACCAUGAUAUACUCAGGGAACGACAACUGUAUUGGCAACAAGCAAUGACAAAAGCACCAUCGGACGAACGAUUAGUACUGAUAGCGGAAGACAAGCAUGGGGAAGCUAUUGGAUUUGUAUCUGGGGAAUGGGAUCGUGAUUGUGGCUAUGGUGCAUUGUUGGACCAUUUCCAUGUGUUACCGGAGCAUCAGGGAAAGGGUGGCGGAUGGCAAUUGAUGGAGGCAUUUAUGGCGUGGGCACGACAACUCGGGGUAUCUCGUCUCUAUCUCUAUGUCUUGGAUCAAAAUGAAAAUGCUAUUAGGUUUUAUGAACGCCGGGGUUGGCGAUUUGCCGAUCAUCAUGUGGGCCAUUUGGGUGGUGUAGAUCUAGCUUCUAGACGUUACGAAUAUAUUUUUUAAUAAACAUUGUACUUUUUUUUUUUU